AUGCCCCAGCGGAUCAGCAAGCAUGAAUUUGCCGACAUGAUAUGUAAAUAUGGCGAUUGCGUGUCGGAGUCGUACAAAACAGUUCCGCACUCCUUGAGGGGCAUGGCCCUGGGACAGCUGGAACAUCUCGAAGCUUUGUUUGUACAGUCGGGUUGGCUGGCCACGCAGUGCGACACCUUCAACGAGGAGAACGCACAAGGCAUCCAAGAGAACAGGAUUUACCGGCAAGCCUGCAACCUGUAUGCGUUGAACACUUUUGUGGUCACGCCAAUGUCCAAGCCAGGGACCUGUGCAGCCCGUGAGCAGGAUCCCAACCAGACAGUGCCGCAGGCCCAUAAGGAGACUUCUUUUUCAGAGUUGGUGAACACGAAUGGCCUCUUCAUCCAUUGCUUCAUGUCACAUUACUGGGGCCAUCUCUUCAGCAAGUCUCUUGCAGCCUUGAAGCUGUGGGCAGAGCUGAAUUUCCGGAAUCUGCGUACUUCAUGCCCGGAGUCUCUGGUGUUUUGGAUCUGCCUUUUCGCUUUGAACCAACAUGACACGGCCGAAGAGGUUGGAGAAAACCCCAUGCAAGGGCCGUUCAAUGCAGCACUGGCACAUGCAGAAGGUGGUGCAGUCAUGGUGCUCGACGAGGAGAUCAACCCCUUCAAACGAAUAUGGUGUCUUUUUGAGAUCUCGCGUCUCAAAGAGCUGAAACGACCGUUCGAGCUGAUUUGCGAGAUGGGCUCUUUGUCUCGGCCGGAGACCCUGGGGCUGUGGAAUAGAGCGGCAAUGGGACAAACACUUCAAGCUGCGAGCGAGGCAUUGGCUCAGAUGUCGGCAAGCAAAGCAGAAGCUUCGAUGGAGCAGGAUAAAUUUCGUAUCUGGCGGCAGAUUGCUGACCCCGAUUUCACCAAGGCCAUCGACGGGCUUGGCUGCAGCCGGUUUUUUCAACGGCAAGAAGAAGCACAUCAUGAACAGGCCGCGAACAGCCACUAUUUCCGACAGUUUGACCUAUAUGUCCGAUCCCUGCUUUCAACUAGUCUGCUGCAGCUCCACUGGCAGCGCAGAAACUACGCAGCAGCUGCACAAUGCCUCGCUCGCGGAGCGCACUUCACCGAGGAGCAGCUGCGGCAAAUUUGGAGGGCAAGCUCAGAUGGCGAGAAUGAGACCAGAUGGUUGCAGAAAUCGCUUCGGAUCUGCGCGGAAGAUGGACGCACGGAUGAAGUUCGGCUUCUGCUAGCAAUUCGUGCGGAUGUGACAGCGGCAACCAGGGACGGGUGGACCGCACUGAUGGCUGCCGCACAGGGUGGCCAUGUGAUUUCAGCACAGCUCUUGUUGGCUGGUGGUGCCGACGUUUCCGCCACAACCAUCUAUGGCUGCACUGCUUUACUGCUUGCUGCGCAAGGAGGCCAUGAGGUCAUGGUAAAGCUACUCUUGGCGCAUGGUUCGCCAAUGUCAGAGACAGCGUGUACUUUCAAAUAUGGCACUGCUCUCAUGAUCGCUUCCCAGUGGGGUCACGAAGCUGCAGCCAAGCUGAUCUUGGAACGCCAAGCUGACAUUGAAGCCACAAGCAGCGGUGGAUGCACGGCGUUGAUGCUUGUUGCUCAAAAUGGCCACAAGGCCAUAGCACAACUGUUGUUAGAGAGCGGUGCAGAUGUGGCUGCGACCACUAGCGAUGGGUGGACAGUAACUGGCAAUGGGCGCACUGCAGCAACACUUGCACAUCAAGAUGGUCAUUUCACCCUGGCAAGGCUGCUGGGACAUUGCAGCAGCAGCCCAGUUCCGAAGAUUCCGAGGAUGGCGAUUUCGACCAUUGCACUCGAGUUGGACAGCAGCCCUGGGCCCUGA